AACCCAUCUCACCAAAUCUUCUCUUCUCUAAAACCUUUACAAAAAUGGCCUCAACUAGUUAUUUAGUUCACUUUCUUUUCUUAUUCUCCAUUUUCAAUAUCUCAUUUGCAUCAAGACAUCUCACUGAGUUAGUCCAUGACUCAUCUAAUCUGUUACAAUACCACAAUGGUGCUUUACUCACUGGUGACAUCUCAGUGAACCUCAUUUGGUAUGGCAACUUCAAACCAUCACAAAAAGCUAUAGUUAUUGAUUUCAUUGACUCACUCUCAAACAAACAAUCAAAAUCCCAAAGUGAACCAUCUGUUGCCACAUGGUGGAAAACCACUGAAAAAUACCAAACCAAGAAGUCUACUAAACUGUCACUUAGGCUCGGAAAACAAAUUUCCGACCAGAGUUACUCCCUUGGGAAAACGCUAACAGACAACCAUCUUGUCCAAUUAGCUUCCAAGGGAGAGUCACGUAAUGCUGUUAACGUUGUGUUAACAGCAUCUGACGUCACAGUUGAUGGAUUUUGUUCCAGUAGAUGCGGGUCUCACGGUUCAGGACCCGCAUCAGCUAAAAUGACCCGUGGCAAGAGUUACAAAUUUGCCUACAUCUGGGUAGGCAACUCCGAAACUCAAUGCCCGGGCCAAUGCGCGUGGCCCUUUCAUCAACCGAUUUACGGGCCACAAGCUGCACCACUAGUGGCCCCAAACAAUGAUGUUGGUCUUGAUGGGAUGGUGAUUAAUUUGGCUGGUUUGUUAGCGGGUACAGCUACAAACCCGUUUGGAAAUGGAUAUUAUCAAGGGGAUGCAAGUGCACCAUUAGAAGCUGCAUCUGCUUGUCCUGGGGUGUAUGCUAAAGGAGCUUAUCCUGGAUAUGCAGGGGAUUUGUUGGUGGAUGCUACUACUGGUGCAAGUUAUAAUGCACAUGGUACAAAUGGGAGAAAGUAUUUGUUACCAGCUUUGUAUGAUCCAUCUACUUCUACUUGCUCCACAUUGGUUUGAAUGUGGAUAGAAUCUAGUAUAGGUAGAUGAAAAAGAAGUUAGAAUUUUGUAAUAAUUAUUAUCAAUUAAUUGAUUCAUUUAUUAUAUAUAUCAUUAUAUAUUUAUCUCA